AUGUUUAACUCAGGGAAGGUUGUGUGGAGGGAAGGUUGUGUGGCGGUGUACAGCCGGCUGUUCCUGAUCCCCCACACGGCGACUGCAGCCGAGCUGUCCCGGGUGUUCACGCGCGCUGUCACGGCGGGACUCCCGGCUCUGCCCGGGUACAUCAUCCGUCCGGACUCCAUCCGGGUUCUCGCUUUAAACGUCACUUCCGUCGCAACCCUGCACCCUGCUGACGUCACUUCCGUCCCGACCCUGCAUCCUGGUGACGUCACUUCCGUCCCGACCGUGCAUCCUGGUGACGUCACUUCCGUCCCGACCGUGCGUCCUGGUGACGACAUGACCUACAGGUCACCGACCGUGAGGUCAUCUCUGAUGGGCAGCAUGGCGGCACUCUCCACAGCACCGCAGUGAACAGUCCGAAAACAUGUUUUUUCUGUCUUCAUCUUCACCAAACAAAUAUGGUCAAUGACUUGGACCGGGCGUCUAUCACCAUGGUAACUGAUGCUGUAGCAGACCCUGUGGUGUUGGGUUAAAGCACUAGUCUGUAGCAAGUUACCUGGCACGGUUUGACUAGAACAUGUAAAGGUAACAAAUUAUGACCGAUGUCACAUUGUGAACUGAGCAUGUAGCAUUUAUGACCGAUGUCACAUUG